AUGAUUAUUGAUGGCUGUUUCAUGCUGGAAAUUUUCCGGGCAGCCAUUAUAACUCCAGACGAUUAUCACUCCGACGAUCCAAUUUUCGGCAAUCACGGGGAGCUAAAUAUCAUGCCGUUUAUCAAGAGGGACAUGUUGAUGCUGGAAAAUCAACUGCCCAUGCUUGUUCUUGACAAGCUUCUGGCAAUUAGUAAGAAUGGUGACGAGUCCAUCAACGAGUUGAUCCAUAAGUUCUGUAAUCCCGACUCUCGUGACAUUCCUCCACCGACGGGAAAAUGCUUGCACGUACUUGAUAUGUUUCGGAAAAGCCUGUUCAUGAAACCUUCCGUCACCAUCUCCAUGACCGGCAUGGGCAUUGGAACCGUUACCGGCACCGGCAUGGAUACUGGAACUAUCACUAGAAUCGCUUUUGAACACUGCCAUGUCGGCGCCGGCCUUGAGGUGACCUCAUAUAUCCGGUUCAUGGACAACCUCAUCGACACCUCUUCUGACGUUCUUCAGUCCAAAAGGAUCGUUCAAAAUUUCAUCGGAAGUGACAAAGGUGCAGCGAAUCUGUUCAACACAAGCUCUAAGAACUUGACGAUAGAUCCGGCGAGUAAGCUGGGUUG